AUGGCAGUAAAUGGAGGCGGUGGGGCGUUUGUUCAUCACUCAUGUCCCGGCAGCUCGUUGUUCGCCAUCACACCAACCAACUUGGUCGGGAUGCACAUCUUGUUGGCGCGGGCCCCACACUGGAACAGUAUGGUUGGCGUCUGCACGGGUGUGGAUGAACCUGAUGAUGAUGAACAUUUAAGGAAGAAUGAGGACAGCUCAUCAGCAGUAAGAGAACAUGUGGUCAAUACUGUAAUCACACCUGUUACAAAAGGCGUCACAAAUGAAGACACUGGAAACAAGGAUAAAGUUCAUCAUCAGGAAAAGCCCAAGAAGAAAUCUGAAGAAAUCAGCUGUGAGGAACAAUGUCGAAGAGAUCUUGAAACGUUGCUUCACAGACUUCACCUUCAAGACAAACAGAAGUUGUCUCCAGCAGAUUUUCUUAAAAUAGGUCCACCAGUGAAACAGGACCAUGAAACAUCUGAGGAAGAUCUAGCUCAUACUUUUCUUCAGAGGUUGAUGAUGUUAGACUACAGAGCCAGAUAUAUUCCUGUAAGACAAGACAGAGCUGAGGUGAGCCACUCAAAUCCUGUUGCACAGUUUGAUUCUUCAAACACAAAAGAAAGUGCUUUAGAUGCUCUUUUUAGCACCAAUGUUAACUCAGAUCGAUCAUAUCAAACUCAUGUUCAUCCGAUGGACGUUCAAAUGGCAGUAUUUCACUGCUCAGACAGCUUCCUUAAGCAGAACAUGAUGACAAAGCUGUCACAGUGUCAGUACGCCUUACCUUUGCUUGUUCCUGACCCAGUCACACUGGAUGUUGAGUUUCCUCUGUGGACAUUCAGACAAAUAAGAAAAACCUGGAAGACAACUCAAAUCAAGGGUGAUUCAAACAUUGUCACCAUGAAGAGUUCCCCCAUCUGCAAAGCUGAGACACCCAUGGUGUCAUUUUUCCGCCUGGGUUCACUGUCAGUGUCUAAAUCUCAGCUGAUGAACACUUUGAUCAACGAGCGUCACAACACCUUCUUCCACAGAAACUGCCCAGGUAGCACCAGAUCUCGCCUUUUGAUGGAUGGUGUGGCAGAGAUUGCCUGGUACUGUCCUGCUGGAAAACCCAACGAUGCCUUCACUGACUGCACUGCCUUCUGUAAUCUUCAUGGUGAUGCUCUGUCGAUUGAAAAACAGCUUAAGAUACUGACUGAAAAAUCUUCAGUCAAUGUUGUUCUGUUACCAACUCUGAAAAAAGGUGACAAAAGUAAUGAAGUUAUCUCAGAUCUUCUUGAGUCUCCAAAGCCUCUGAUUUGUCUCAUUAAUGAUAAUGAUCGUGGUGCAGUUCAGAUGAAAAAGGGAAAAUAUAAAAUGGGUCUAAAAGACAGAAGCCAGUCAGAUGUUUCUGAAGAACUGAAAAGAAUCAUUGGUGAGAUCUUGUCUGGAUCACAAACAUCCUUCCAGCUUGAAACUAUGGCCAAGGUCUCUGGAAUCAGAGUGGAUGAAGAAGACACAGUCUGCCAAAAAGGAAAAUCUGCUGCUAUGGAAACAGUGAAUUUACUUCAGGGGAUGGAAAUUUCAGAAAUCAAAGAUAAGUUCCUCCCUUGUCAUGGCCGACUGUGGCAUGAGUGGUGCAGAAUAAAGAAAGAACUGUAUCACCUCAAAGGAAACGUUGAGAAGGACAAAAGUGAAAAGCAACAGGAACUGAUGAAAAUACGAGAAAAACAACAUGAUGCUUCCUGUAGUGAACUGGUGAAGUUGUUCAUUGAAAGUCUCUCAUCUUUGCCAUCAACAGACAAAGAGUAUUUCCUGAAAUGGACUCAGAUCUUAAUAGACGCCCUCUCCACAGACGAUCUCACGUCAAUUCUCCAAAGCUAUGAUAAGAAGUGGUCUGAGGUCUUGGCUCUGAAGAAGAAACAUGACAAACCUGAUCUGCUAAAAAGAAAACAGACUGAGCUUGAACAAAUAUCAACAAAACUGCAGUCAGCAACUUUUGGCUUGGAGCACAUCUUUAGAGAAAUGGGGCAGAUCUAUGAAGCCCAUAAAUCUCUGCAGAAACAAACAAAGAGGAGUCAGACUGACUGGUCUAAAUACCCUGAGCUGGCUGCAGAGCUGAUGAUAUCAGGACAUCCCAUGGAGCUGAUGGAUGGUGAUGCAGGUCAUGUGCCUUUGACAUGGAUCUCUAGUCUUUUAGAGGAAGUCAUCAAGAGACUGGGUGACCAGAGAGUGUUUGUGUUGUCAGUUUUGGGCGUACAAAGCAGUGGAAAAUCAACAAUGCUGAAUGCCAUGUUUGGGUUGCAGUUUGCAGUGAGUGCUGGCAGAUGCACCAAGGGUGCCUUCAUGCAGCUGAUCAAAGUGUCAGAGGAGAUGAAGAGAGACUUUAAGUUUGACUAUGUGCUGGUGGUGGACACUGAAGGACUGCGUGCUCUUGAAUUAGCAGGUAACGCCGCUCUUAACCACGACAAUGAACUGGCAACUUUUGUUGUUGGUCUGGGAAACAUGACAUUACUCAACAUCUUUGGAGAGAAUCCAGCUGAGAUGCAAGAUGUUCUGCAGAUUGUUGUUCAGGCUUUCAUGAGGAUGAAGAAAGUCAAACUUUCUCCAAGUUGUGUGUUUGUUCACCAGAAUGUGACAGAUAUUUCAGCUGCAGAGAGAAACAUGGAGGGAAAGAGACGCCUGCAAGAAAAACUGGACCAGAUGACCCAACUAGCUGCCAAAGAGGAGGUUUGUGAUGCAGAGUGUUUCAGUGACAUCAUUGCAUUUGAUGUACAAAAAGAUGUGAAAUACUUUGCCCAGCUUUGGGAGGGAAGUCCACCUAUGGCUCCUCCAAAUCCAGGUUAUAGUGAGAGCGUCCAAGAGCUGAAGAACUUCAUUCUCUCUAAAGCUUCACAGUCUGAUGGGAUUACUCUGUCUCAGUUCAAAAGCAAGAUUCAUGACCUGUGGGAUGCCCUGUUGAACAAAAACUUUGUUUUCAGUUUCAAAAACACACUUGAAAUUAAAGUGUACAGAAACCUUGAGGUUCAGUACGGGAACUGGACCUGGACCCUGAGGAGCAACAUGUUGACCAUUGAAAACCAGCUUCAUACUAAAAUUGAAAAUGGAAAACUUGACAAGGUUGAGCUCAGUUAUCUUUCUAAAGAAAUGAGCAAAACAUAUGGAGAAAUCCAAAAAGAAAUGUCAAAGCACUUUGAUGAUGACAGAGACAAAGAAAUGUUGGUUCAGUGGCGAGGCACAUUUGAAAACAAAAUCAAGGAGUUUCAUGAUGAACAGGUGAGAGGAGUGAAAAGAAAACUGGAUGAAGUUAUCCAGCAGAAGAAGGCUUGUAAAAAGCUUGAUGAUCAGAAGACAGAGUUUGAGAACAAGCUGCUACAGAAUAGCAAAGAGCUCGCUCAUCAGUUAAAACACAAGACACAAGAUGAAAAGAAACUUAAACACCAGUUUGACUCUGUUUGGAGCGACUGGGUGAGAGAACUAACUGCAGAUACAAAACCUAUUGAAGACAUCAACUUGGAGGAAGAUCAGUCAACUAUCCUUCAAGAGCUUGGUUUUGAAUGGGCUCUUAUUGAUGAAUCCAAAAUCAGUGGCAGAUACAAAAACAUAUCAGUGGUUUGUGAUUACUUUCAUUAUGUGACACUCGCCAAGUAUCAGGAGCUUUGUGACAAAAGCCAACAGUCUCAAGAGAGGGAAAAGGGGAAAAUUAAACAAAUUGGUGACUUGGUUUCAAAAACAGGUACAAAAGUAUUACGUUACAUUAAGGGUAUUUUUCAGCAUGAAGAUCAACAACUGAUCAGAUCCCUGAUCGAUAAUCUUGAAGGACAGACUUUUGAUAUAAUCAAGAACAAACCUGUAGCUACAAGAGGCUACAGAUCAACUUAUUUGCAAGAAGUUGCCAAAAAUGUCAAAGAGAAAGUGACAGAAUUUGAAUCAGAGAGGAAAUUUGCUCUGAAGAAGGAGUUUACAGUUGAUCUCUUACUGUAUGUGUUUGACAGAGCAGGGACUUGGCUUUCAGAGUCCCACGAGAAAUUCAAGAAGAAUGAUGCACUGAUUUAUUUAGAAAGCAAAAGGGAUCAAUAUUACAACAUUUUCAGAAGCUUCUGUAAAGGAAACUCUUCUGCUGUUGUACUCGGAGAACUGAUCUGUGGAAAACUGAAGGUUUCCACUGUUGAGGCUGUCUGUAAAAAGACUGCCAUUGAUCUAGCUGGAGAGAUGAGGUGCAGUUUCCCAGCAUUCAAUGGGAACAGACUGAACCUGGAGAAACAUGUGUUGAAGUCACUGGCAGAGAAAGAGGACUUCAGUGGUUUCAUCACCUACAUCCAUCAACCAAGGAAACAUGUGGAGAGGUUUAUAAAAGAGGAAGUAGAGAAAUACAUCUUCACAUCACACAAAUAUAAAGCUUGGGAUAUACUCAAGAAAAAUGUUGAAGACAUGAAACAACAUGUGAGUCAGGCUUUAUUUACUGCAACAGAGAAAGUCAAAACCCAGACAGGAGACACAGACAUGUGGCUGGAAGAAUUUACCAGUUCUCUAAAAGAUGAUCUGACAUUUGAUUCCAUUUGUCCUGAAAACUUCAGAGACAUAAACCGUUUUGAGUUUCUGAAAGAAGAGAUAGAGAAAAGCCUUGAACCCAUCAUGAAGGAGAUGAACAACCUCUCACUGAAUGAGAUGAAUGAGUUCAGACUGAAGCCUGAUCAAAUCCUUAUCGAUCAGCUGUGCAAGUGCUGCUGGGUAACGUGUCCAUUCUGUGCAGCUGUUUGCACCAACACCAUUGAAGAUCACCUUCCUGAAAAGCACUGCGUCCCUUUUCAUCGCCCCGCUGGGAUCAAUGGAUGGCACUAUAGAGACACAGUGGAACUGGAAGUUGAUUUCUGCACAACAUUAGUCGCAAGUGAUAAAAGUUUUUACCCCAAUUCGGAUUCAGAUGAAAAAAUUCCCUAUAAACAGUACCGAACUGCUGGACCAAGGUUUGCUGCAUGGAAGAUCACUCCUGAUGAGUCUAAACUCACAUACUGGAAAUGGUUUGUGUGUCGAUUUCAAAAACAACUGGAAGACCACCAUAAAUUUAAAUUCCAGGGCAGAGGAGAAAUUCCGAGCGAGUGGAGAAAAUACAGUAAAGAAGAAGCGAUUAAAAGUCUGGAUGAAAUGUACAAACUGCAGUUCACCUGCAGUUUUUCUCAAAGUAACAGAGAAGCUUUAACUGAUUUAAAGAAAGCGUGUUUUUGAUUGAACAGAUGAGUCCAACUAUUUGUAAUCUGAUCUAUAUGUAUUUUAAUUCAGUUAUAUACAGAGCGAGUUGCAGGAGUCAUAAGAAGUUUCUGUUCUUUUUAUUCUUUUUUAUUUCUUUUCUUUUAAGAUGAUGAAGAUGCAUGAAAUUUCUAUGUGAAUAUUCAAAGAAAACAUUAAAAGAGGGAAUGAAGAUGCUUAUAUUUGUCACAAAGUAUGGACUGAUUUUCCUUUUCUUAAAAACGGGAAUGUAAGAUGUGUGAAAUUUGUAUGAUGUAACUCAUUUUAAAUAAUCAGAUCUCAUCACAGGGCAUCAUAACAGACUACACAGAGUUUGUAGUUUUAGUUAUUGUUGUAUUAUUUAUCUGUGUAACUGAGAAACUGUUUUGGAGGAGUUUUGAAAGAACUGAUCAAUUAUAAUCAAUAAAUAGGAAUGUGUUAUAAGGUGGUUAGUGUUGCUGAUGAAAAUGCCUGAAACGUGUGUCUGAGACUUCAUGAAAAGGGAAAAAGUCGUGAGAAAUGUUGUCAUAUUAUGUUCUUUUUUGUCCGUUUUAUCUUAAAAUAACAGACACUUUUAUCUUCAUAUUUUUUUCAUUUUGCCUUUUUUUCUUUAAAAUAAUUCUGUCUUUAAAGUUGCAUGUUUUUGUUGAAGAAGUUGAUGACUGAUGCUUCAUGUGUGAUUUUAUUGUGUCCAUGAUGAAAUUGGUUUUGUUGAUGUUUGUACUCGGUCGUCUGCUCCUACAAUUAAUGACAGAAAUAUCAGUAUUCUCUUCUCUAAUUGCA